CCCUCACCCCUCACCUCAGCGUGGUGCCCGCUCCCCUCACCUGCCUCCCGCGGGGCCGGGGCCGCCUCCCCCUGCCCCUCCGCCCCUCUGCCCGGCUAUAAAGCCCCGGGGGGCUCGGGGCCCGGCCCGGCUCAGCGCCAUGGCCACGCUGCGCUUCGGGGAGCCCUUCCCGGCGGGGAGGUGGCCCCGUGAGGCGGCGGCGGGCGGCGGGGGCCCCGGGGUCCCCGGGCCGGGCUCUGCCCCCACCCCCAGCCCCGUGGCGGCGCUGCCCCGGGGGGUGGCGGAGCCGGCGGCGCAGCGUCGGAAGCGGACGAGCUUCACGGCGGCACAGCUGGAGACGCUGGAGUCGGUGUUCCAGGACACCAUGUACCCCGACAUCCACCUGCGGGAGAAGCUGGCCGACGCCACGCACAUCCCCGAGUCCCGCAUCCAGGUUUGGUUCCAGAACCGCCGGGCCAAGUCCCGCCGCCAGCGGGGGCCGCCCCGCUCGGGCUGCAGCCCCCAGCCCCCGGGCUGCCCGCAGGGACCCUGCGCUGCCCGGCCCCCGCCGCCCGGCUGCCAGUGGCCCCCCGCCGCCUUCCCGGGGCCGCCGCCGCCGCCCCCCGGCCCCUACCCGGCCCCGCGCGGCCCCUGCGGGCGCUUCUCGCCCCUGACGGAGGCGGCCGACAGCGGGGGCUUCGCGGAGCCCGGCUCGGAGUGGGAGGAAAACGCCCUCGGUGCCUUCCGAGCCGUCUGAGAGCCUCCCCGGGUCUCCCCCCCGGGCUGCUGGGACUUAGCCGCCGCCGUUGUGUUAAUGGAAGAGGUGCCCUGCCCCGCCACUGUUGCACUUUAUGCCGGAGUGACAGACUUCAGCUAUUUAUUUAAGGGAGGAGAGGGGGCAGCUCCACCCGCCGACGGCAGCUUUCUGCGGAUGGAACAUUUUCUGGUAGCGCCUUUCCUAUUUCUCCUUCACCUUCCUCAGCCAAAAAGCUAACCCAACCCGCUGGGGUGGGGGGUGGGGGCUGGCCUGGCGUUACUUUUGGAGAGGAAAAGAAAAUAAAAGUUUGCAUUUUUGCUC